AUGGCGGGGAAAGUUAAUAUUCGCUAUGGGACCUCGUUAAUGCCAUUUUUCUCCGAGAACUUGCUAUUAAUCGUGCCAAGAAGUGAGGAUUUUGCUGAUUCAUCAGUUUUCGUAAGUUUUUUUUGAUUUUUGAAGUAAAAUACUGUCUGGAAAAUGUCUAAUUUGGCCAAAUGAAACAGCUAUUUGGUUUUUCAUACGAAUUGUGUUAUUCUGAAGGCGUUGUGUUGAUAGAUUUCUCAAAAAGGCCCUAAAAUUGACUCAAAAUGCCAUGUUUUCACGUGGGUCCAAAAUAUAUCCAACUUCAAGUCAAUUAGUAAGAAAAAUAAGCAGAACUUCUAUAUUUUCCCGCUUUUAACGUCUACUGAGCAAGCUGUAACAAAAUUUUAACAAAAUUUGAUGUAUCAAGUUAAAAAAUAAUAAUUUUUCAGCCACCAUCAAGAAACGCGUCACCGCCAGUGAAUAAAAAGCCGCCAUAUUCGAAAAAACCCUCAAUUUCCGUGAUUUUGAGUGCCACGGAGGACAAUUCGAUUUUAUAUACUUGGCAAAAACAGCGAAUUCAGGAGAUGGGACUUGCUUCUUUUCGGAAAUAUAUGACAGGUUUGAUGUGAACUUGUAAUUAUGAUAUCAAUAUAAGAACUUCAAAAAGUUUCAAAAUUAGGUUUAUAUAGCUUUCGGAUUUUUAAAAAAACGCGCAGAAAAAGUUCAUUCAAUGCUUGAAAAUAAAAAAAUUAUUCCCUAAAAGGCGCGUUUGAGGCUUUUUUCCAAAAGUUCCAUCAAGACUUGGCCCAUGUGAUAACAGGAAAAUUGUUCUUGAAGCAAUUUUCGUGCAAAACAAGGCAUUUGUAAGAAAUUUUGAACUCCUAUAACGCUGGAAAAAAAGUACUUUUUAAAAAAACUUUGAGGAAUUCUAAAAAAAUCUGAAAAAAAUAAGGAAAAACUGCUUUUUUUGCCCUGGGGGAUCUGUAACUAGAAAUUAAGGAUCUUUCAAUUUUUUUGAAAUUCUGGUCAUCUUAAAUCAAAAAUAGUGUUAUUUUUUAAGGCCUCGAAGAUUCUGGAAGUAUUUUGAAUCAGAUAAGGCCUGAUAAAGCAAUAGAACAGCGAAAUUUUGAAAUAUUGAAGUAAGAUUAAAAAUUUUUUCAUGUUGUUUACAAGCCGAAAUUACACGAGUUUGACAAAAUAUAGAAAAAUCGAAAAUUCAGUACAAGAAAAGCCACAAAAUCAUCAAGCGCGAAACGUUUAAAAAUCUCGUAUAUUUGGAAUUUUUAUGGUCAUUUAUGAGCUUCGGAACGUAGAAAAUUCCAACAAAAUCUUAAAAUUACAACCCUUAAAGAGCCACUAGAUAAAGUCCCUAAACUGGCAACUUCCAGAGAGAAUGACCCUCGGAACUUCAAUGCACUCCGCCGCUCAGAAACUUCUCGUGGCCGUGAAAAAGCAGGAGCUUCCAGCCUCGGAUAAAAUCAUUACCUAUGUUGGUUACCUUGGUAAUCAAUCAAUAAAUAUGAAAAAAAUAGGUAGGUCUCGAUCCGAAGUCCCCGGCCAGCAAGUACGUCAUGAGCAUUGUGCCGAUCAUCGGCGAGUUGAAAAAGGAUGACGUCAUCGCUUAUGAGAAGCCGGUGACGUCACCGAAAUUAGGAUUCCAAGGACGGUUCGACGCUGUUUUCCAGUACAGGUAAUGAAGAGGAAGGGAGCACUUUAGGGAUAUUUAGAGGCGAAACCUGCAUGGUGGAUUGGAAGACGUCGCCAGCUGCCUCUUCGUUCAGUAAGCAAGGUGAUGAGAGGUUAAUUAAUCAGGUGAUUGGUCCAAAAAUCGAUAAUUAUGUUCCAGUAUGAGCUACCAAACGUACAGCCGUCAAGUGGCCGCCUACGCCGCCGCCUUCAAUAACGACGGCAAUUUCCAAGCCGAACCCAUGGUCUCCAGAGGACUUCUGGUCAGCGCCAAGGAAGACGGAACCCCGGCGGACGUCUUCGAACUGGAUCAGCAGAAUAUCGAGGUCCGCGGCUCCAGAAUGAGACCCAACUCGACGUGAUUCAGAAGAGCUACGACGACUUUAAAGGACGGUUGUGGAGCUUCUGGGAAAAGCUGCGGACCGCCAAACCCCACAAUGGAUUCGUCGACUUUGCCUACACGCCCUGA